CCCCCCACUCCCCCUCUCAACCACACCCGCAACCACAUACGUCGGCUCGACGAGAUAUCUUCAUCGGUCCGCCUGUCCAUGCCGGUGGCGCGUCAUAACUUCGUCUUCCAUCGGUUCGAAUUCAGAGAAGCAGCAGCAACGAUAACGAUAUAAUGAACACGGCCGACUCUUCCGCCCCGGCCUCGCAGGGCUAUACCCGCACGGCCCAGCAACAGCAGCAGCAGCAAGGACUUUCGGGAAUGCCGCUAGGGAAUGGCGCCCGCGGCCUUUCCAUGUCGUUUUCGGCCGCCGCCGCCGCCGCGAACCAGCAACAGCAACAGCAACAGCAACAUCAACAGCAGGACCAACAGCAGAACGGCAGCGACUCGACAAUGAUGGACCAACCUCUCAUGAUCUCGAUGGGGAUGGCUGCGGCCGCCGCUGCCGCUGCUGCGGCGGCGACGGAAAACGGCGGCAUGGGUUCCCUCGACCCCCAGUUGUCGUCCGUUGGCGAUCAGUUCGCCGCGCUCGCCACGACGUCACCACUCACCGCCAUGCCGAACGAGUUCGGAGGCCUUGGUGGCGGAAGUACUUUGACGGAAUUCACGAAGAGGCGGAAUUGGUCGCAGCGCAUACUCGAGGAGCUGCAGGACUUCCUGCAUGUGCUCACACCCACCGGGAAAGUGGUCUACGCCUCACCGUCGAGUAGAGCCUUGACCGGGUUUGGCGUCGAGGAGCUGAUCGGAAAGUUCAUUACGGACUUCAUCCAUGAAGACGACUCGGCACUAUUUGUGCGGGAUUUCAACGAAUCGAUAGCUACCGGGCGUCCCCUCCGAUUGUUCUAUCGGUUCCGGAAAAGCGAUGAUACCUAUGCGAUAUUUGAAGCCCACGGCCACCCACACAUUGCUGAUGCGCCGCAAAUCGACCCGUCGUCGCUGCAGUCGAUAUGCAAGGGUUUCUUCAUGAUGGCGCGCCCGUAUCCCACGCGGAACGCGGCGCUGUUGGAUUCCUUCCUGGAACACAAGAUUGAGAACGAGAGAUUGAUGAAGAGAAUCGUGGAAUUGCGCCAGGAAGAAUACGAGGACCAGCAGCAACAGCGGCAGCGACAGCAGAAUUCCUUAAGGAGUGACGGCAUGACCAGUACGAGUGUCGGCUCGUCUUUCGGCGGCGAGACGCCACUCUCCAUGUCACAGGGCCAGACCCCAUCACAAUCAGGCGUGGGUGCGGAUUCGAUGCCGCCUCCCGCCAAACCCGUGAGCGCGCUGACUCGGCAGAACUUGGAUCGAAUGGAGGCCUCCAAUUCCAUCCACAUCGAGGGCAUCCGAGACAAGAUGGCACGAAUCGACGGCCCCUCCCAUAUGGAUACUAUUGAGAUCCUGACCGGGCUUCGGUAUCGGGAAGGUGAACGCUCCAAGGGCAUCAGUACUGGUGACACAUCACCGGCCUUGAUUCGCGGAGACGUUGGUGUUCCCAUCCCCGUCGACAAGGAGAACCGCCAGAGCUCGGACAAGAAAAAGAAACAGAAGAUUGCGGACGAGUACGUGUGUACGGAUUGUGGCACGCUGGACAGUCCGGAAUGGCGCAAGGGUCCCAAGGGUCCCAAAACCCUGUGCAAUGCUUGUGGUUUGCGAUGGGCAAAGUAUGUUCUUCUACCACGAAUUACCUCCCAUAAUGUGGAGGGCCUCGACUGAUAUGUCUAUAGGAAAGAGAAAAAGCGGAAUUCCGUCACGGUUCCAUCUUCCUCCGGAAGCGUCAUGCCCGGUGGCGGUGGUAUGGGCGGAGGUGGCAGUGCGGCUUGAACAUAUUCCCAACGGAUAAUGGUUGACUUUUCUUUUUCUUUUUCUUUCUUUCUCCCCAUUACCCAUCAUCCAUUAGCCAUAUAGUUGUGAUCCGUGUA